UCAGCCGAACAGCCGCUUCUGCCGCCGCCGCCGCGCUGGUCCUCUGUGUCCCCUCCCGGUUCCUCCCUCCCAGUCCCGGUGCCCUGGUCCCCUUUCCUGCUCUCCUUCCUCCUCCCUCUCCGGCCUCCCCUAGCUCUCGCUCUCUUGCUGCAGUCCUUGUCCGGCCCGCCACAGGGCGGGCAGGAGGGCGGAGGCGGCUCCACCAUGAGCGACGAGGGCAGCAAUCGGUGUAGCCGGGUGGACCAUCGGGAAGCCCAGCCGUCCCUGCCUCCGCCGCCUCCGCCCCCGCCACCGGGAGAGCCGGCCCUGGUCCCCACCUCCCCACGCUACCGGCCGCCUCUGCCCGCUCCUUCAGAGCGCACCGCGGGGUCGGGCGAGCCGCCGCUAGAGGUGGCCCCGCGGCGCAAGGGUGCGGAUGAGCGGCUGCCGCCGUCUCUGUUGCCCCACGAGCAGGAGGUGUCAGCGGCCGGCGACUCUUGCGAAGGUCGGAGGCGCCUUCCUGAGGUGGCGGUCCCCGAGAAAACGGCGGAGAAAGGCGGCCCGGGGGAGCCCGAGGCCGGCGCGUGUGGGGAGGGCGAUCGGCGCGGCACGGGAGACCAGCCCGAAACACGCUCCGUGUGCAGCAGCCGCAGCAGCAGCAGCGGCGGCGGUGGAGACCAACGCUCGGGGCAUCAUCACCAGCACCAUCAGCCCAUUUGCAAGAUCUGCUUUCAAGGCGCUGAGCAGGGUGAGUUGCUAAACCCCUGCCGAUGUGACGGGUCUGUGCGGUACACACACCAGCUGUGUCUUCUGAAGUGGAUCAGCGAGAGGGGCUCCUGGACCUGUGAGCUGUGCUGCUAUAGGUACCACGUCACAGCCAUUAAGAUGAAGCAACCUUGCCAGUGGCAGAGCAUUUCUAUAACACUGGUUGAGAAAGUUCAGAUGAUUGCUGUAAUCCUAGGAUCCCUGUUCUUAAUAGCGAGUGUGACUUGGCUCCUCUGGUCAGCCUUCAGCCCCUAUGCAGUGUGGCAGAGGAAGGACAUCCUUUUUCAAAUCUGCUAUGGAAUGUAUGGUUUUAUGGAUCUAGUGUGCAUAGGCCUCAUUGUCCAUGAAGGAGCUGCAGUUUACAGAGUAUUCAAGCGAUGGCGAGCUGUCAACUUGCAUUGGGAUGUAUUAAAUUAUGACAAAGCCACAGACAUUGAAGAGAGCAGCCGAGGAGACUCUGCCACAAGUAGGACUUUGUGGUUACCAUUGUCAGCCCUGAGGAACAGGAACUUGGUCCACCCCACGCAGCUAACCUCACCACGGUUUCAGUGUGGCUAUGUCCUAUUACAUCUAUUCAAUCGGAUGCGGGCCCAUGAAGAUGGGUCAGAAGACAAUGGCUCUGGGGAGGUGGUAAUGAGAGUGACAUCCGUGUGACAGAUACAUGCAGCAGCAGGGAGUGGAACCUGCUCAUUUCGGAAUGUAAUUGCAAUGAAUGGCAAAACCAUAGCACUUCUAAUUGUACAUCCAUGGACUUUUUAAAAUCUAUGCUUUUUAUAUGAACAUUUGAAUUGCAAAUACAUUUUUCUGAGAAAAAAGGAGGCUCCUUGUUUGCUUUGUGACUUAACACAUCUUUUUAAAGUUAGCUCUCAAUUUUGAAUGUAGUAUGAUUUUCUUUAGACCCGUUUGUAGGUACUGGUGUAGUAGCUACACACUGUUAGCAGGAUGGAGGUAAAA